CUUUCACGAUCGCCUAUUUGCCUCGACAAAAUUCUUUUACGUAGUUACAAUGCCGCCAAUCCGGACGACCCGAUCCAUGUCAGGUUCGACUCCAGCGCUUGCCCAACAAGCUUGCUCAACCUGUCGUAAGCAGAGACGAAGGUGUACGAAAGAGCUUCCUGCGUGUCUGCUUUGCCGCAGGCUUGCGAAGCCCUGCGAAUACUCCGAGAACUUGCCUUCGCGCUCCGAUCAAGAUGAACUUGCGUACCUUCGCGAUCGGGUGGCUGAUCUUGAGAACAAACUCACCGCACUGCAACCCGGUCCCAACUCCAGCGAGACAUCAUCAGCAACGGGCUUGAUAAACAGCCAUUUGUUUUCUUCGACUGAGCCGUCCUCCCAACUGCAACCUGCUUUUCCAACUUCUUUCUUCUUGGACUCGCAAAUUUUCCGGGACAACAGAGAGACUAUCAUCACGCCAAACGUAGAAUUACCACGUGCCUUUACUGACCACCCGGGCGAAGCCGCAAAUGUAAAUGAUGUCGUUAGGAAGCAUUUUAGUGAUCUGCAUACAUACUUUCCAAUCAUUUCAAAAGUUCGGAUUUAUCAGCGAAUUACAAACCCUACGCAAUCCCUUCUAUCAGACACAAAACUGCUCUUGGCAUGCAUGCAACUAUUUCAACAACCGGAUUCAACCACUCCAUGUUCCGGACUAUAUUUGUCUUGCAAGUCGCUAUACACUAACACAGAAAGGAAAAAUGUUUAUUCCGUUCAUCUCCUACAGGCGCUGUUACUCAUUGCACUAUAUGAGAUUUUCCAUGCCAUCUACCCAGCUGCAUACAUAACAGUGGGACAUUGUGCUAGACUGGGGAUUAGCAUGGGCCUCCACGACCAGCAGUCCCUUCAAAUGCUGCCACGGCCGACGACGUCGGCUGAGCUCGAGGAGAGAAGACGCGCAUGGUGGGCCGUCGUAAUUCUCGAAACACAUGUGAACCUCGGAAGCAGGAACCAUCCACUUUCAGUUCCACCUAUUCCAGCGGAUGCUAUGCUUCCACAAGAUGAUGACAAGUGGGAUCGAGGAGAGAUGACCGUUGCCCGACCAAUUGCUGUAUCAGCAAGUGUCACCAUUAACACUUCUCCUUUCGCCAUACUUUGCCAAGUGGCACAUGUCCUCUCACGUAUUAUCCAGCAUGUGGAUGACAAAAACACCGAUUUCAAGUUCCGCUAUGAAGAGGCUAUACGGCUUCGCAAAACCGCCGAAGCUCUUUCGGAGGCAAUAGCUUACGAGGUUAACGAAGUCAUGCAACAACAUUUCGGCGAUUGGCCACCUUGCCAUAUGUUGCUUCUGACAGCGCUUGGAGUGUGCUACAGCGCCCAGUUAACCCUUCAUGAACGGUAUAUCUGCACAGAGACAGAACCCGUCAAGGAAAUUCUAGGCAGCCCUGAACAGAUCGAGCUACAGAAUUCAGCCCUUAUCCGAGGUCCUGAGAUCGCAAACGCCAUAUUGCAAAUGGUGUUGCAAAUAAAGGAUUGUAUAUGGCAGUAUAGCCUGCCGAUAUUCAGCCCUCUGCUUCUGGAUUGUGUGUACCAGGCAACAGCAACUUUUAAAUGGCUCGCUACAGAGAACGCGUCAGAAGAAUACCAAUACAGCCUCCAAGAACUGAACGCGUUUCUUGAAUUGCUUGAUAUGAAAUUCAAAUGGCACUCAAUAAAGGAAUACAAAAACAUUCUAGACAUCAGUUAAGUAGCGACUGACUUUACGAGCGGGGAUAAAUGCCUUACUCCUUAUAAUUUUCCAAUUUUACUUUGACAGAGUCACUUGUUAAGGGGCUCCCUAGAAUGUUUUAUUAGAUUUAUAGAAUAGCGAGUACAUCUAUUAUAC